UCUACUACUGUAUGAAUGAGGUAUUUAGUUUUACAUCACCAGACUUUGACCGCCACAAGCCUCGUUUUGAAAGUAAACAUGGCAUUCGAUUCUGAAUUUCCAAUAUUUGGACUUUUACCGAAGAAAGAAACGAAUGCAUGGAGUUUCCUGAGUAAAUACCCCGAGUACGAUGGGAGGGGAACACUUGUCGCAAUUAUGGACACCGGGGUUGACCCUGGAGCCCCCGGAUUGCAGGUGACAUCAGACGGUCGUCCAAAGAUUAUUGACAUAAUAGACUGCACUGGGUCAGGAGAUGUGGAUACCUCAACCAUUGUUGAAGCAAAAGAUGGCACCAUAACAGGACUCAGUGGACGGACUUUGAAGAUACCAGAAUCCUGGACUAAUCCAUCUGGGAAGUUUCAUAUAGGAUUGAAAAAUGCUGUUGACUUGUAUCCAAGGGGUCUCAAAGAUCGUGUUUUCAAGGAACGCCGGGAAAAACUCUGGGACCCACACCAGAGGGCAGCACUUACAACUGCAACAAUUGAGCUGGAAAAGUUUGAUGUGAAAUAUCCAAAUCCCAAUCAGGAAGAAAAAUUAGUGAGAGAAGAUCUCCAGGCCAAGAUUGAUGCAUUAAAUUCGCUUAAUAAGAAAUACAAUGACCCUGGACCUGUCUAUGACUGUGUGCUCUUCCAAGAUGACAAUAUAUGGAGAGCCUGCGUAGACACAUCUGAGAGUGGUGAUCUUGAGCAAUGUAAACUUCUGGCACCUUACAGCAUUGAACACGAGUAUGGAACACUUAGCAAGAUAGAUAUGCUCAACUACAGUGUUAACAUAUACAAUGAAGGGAAUGUCUUGGAAAUUGUCACAAAUGCAGGUUCCCAUGGCACUCAUGUGUCUGGCAUAACAGCUGGGUAUUUCCCUGACCAGCCAGAGAAGAAUGGUGUUGCCCCUGGGGCACAGAUCCUGGCCCUUAAGAUUGGGGACACACGUCUGAGCUCUAUGGAAACUGGUACUGCCCUUGUUAGAGCUAUGAUACGUGUCAUUGAGUACAAAUGUGACCUUGUCAACUACAGCUAUGGAGAGGCAGCCCAUAUACCUAACUCUGGGAGAGUAAGUGAAAUCUUAGGAGAAGCAGUACACAAACAUGGUGUGAUAUUUGUGUCCAGUGCUGGGAACAAUGGACCUGCCCUCUCAACUGUGGGGGCUCCAGGGGGAACAGUAGAGGGGAUUAUAGGAGUUGGAGCUUAUGUGUCACCAGAAAUGAUGGCUGCUGAAUAUUCACUCAGGGAAAAACUUCCAGGCAUGCAGUAUACAUGGUCAUCAAGGGGUCCAACGUUUGAUGGUGCACUUGGUGUGUGUAUCAGUGCACCAGGUGGCGCUAUUGCCUCCGUUCCAAACUGGACCCUGCGGGGCUCACAGUUGAUGAAUGGGACCAGUAUGAGUUCACCCAAUGCUUGCGGGGGAAUUGCAUUAAUUCUAUCAGGGCUUAAACAACAGAAUGUGCCAUAUUCCCCAUACAGUGUGAGACGAUCCCUUGAGAACACUGCCCUUAAUGUAGACACUGUUGAAGUGUUUGCUCUUGGACAUGGCUUAUUGCAGGUGGACAAGGCAUUUGAUCAUUUGGUUGAAAUGCACAGAAGUCAAGAAAACAACAUCAGAUUCAAGGUUAGUUCCAGUAGUGGUAGAGGGGUGUAUCUUAGAGAGGCCUACCAGACCACAACACACAGUAUACAUGCAGUAACCAUUGAACCAGAAUAUAUGAAUGGUCGUUCAGAGCAAGAGGAGAAGAUUGCAUUUACAAUAAGGUUCAGUAUAGUAUGUGAGGCUGACUGGGUCUCAACACCAGCACAUUUUGAAUUAAUGAAUGCUAUUGUUUAUAUUGCAAAGCAAGAGGAGAAGAUUGCAUUUACAAUAAGGUUCAGUAUAGUAUGUGAGGCUGACUGGGUCUCAACACCAGCACAUUUUGAAUUAAUGAAUGCUACUGUUUAUAUUGCAGAGCAAGAGGAGAAGAUUGCAUUUACAAUAAGGUUUAGUAUAGUAUGUGAGGCUGACUGGGUCUCAACACCAGCACAUUUUGAACUAAUGAAUGCAGCCAGAGUGUUCUCUGUUAAAGUUGAUCCUACAGGAUUGUCAACUGGAGUCCAUUAUACAGAGAUCCUGGGAUAUGACAUCAGUUGCCCUAGUAAAGGUCCUGUCUUCAGAGUCCCUGUUACAGUCAUAAUUCCAGAAAGAGUGGAGGAUACCUUACAUAAUAGACUAGUCUUCCCAGAUCAGCAUUUUAAACCAGGGCAGAUCAGAAGGCAUUUUAUAGAUGUCCCCACAGGAACUACUUGGGCAGUUGUAACGCUUUCUGGCACAGAGUUUCCCGAUCUUACCCGGUUCCUAAUUCAUGCCCUGCAGAGGGAGCCACAGUCAAGUUUUGGCAAAUUUGAAUUUGAAAAAUUUAUCACAAUCGGCGAGGACCAAAAUAAAGUUGAACAUGCUUUUCGGGUCAUGGAAAAUCGAACCUUAGAGUUAUGCAUUGCAAAAUGGUGGGCUAGUCUAGGGAAAGUGCACACUAAGUACUCACUCGCAUUUCAUGGAGUCAAACCAUGCUCUCGUAAAUAUCACAUGCAUGGUUCUCAGGGAGUGAUGCGGCUUGAUGUAACAGCCAGCUUAGAUCACACUGAAGUCUCCCCAAGUAUCACGCUUAAACAUCAUGCAAUUCCUGUCCGUCCAGCGGAGCAUAAGAUUGUUUGUCUACCAGGGAAACGGGACCAAUUGCCUCAGGAGCGACAAAUCUAUGCAGUAGAAUUAACUUACAAUUUCCAUCAGAGUAAGGCAGGUGAAAUAGUGCCUGAUGUUCCACUAUUAAGUGACACCCUAUAUGAAUGUGAAUUUGAGUCUCAACUCUGGAUGUUAUUUGAUAGCAACAAACAACUCAUCAGCUCAGGGGAUGCAUAUCCUAGCCAGUACAGUGCCAAGGUUGAGAAAGGGGACUAUGUGCUAAAACUACAAGUGAGACAUGAGAAACGAGACAUGCUUGAGAAACUAAAAGACACCGUUGUGCUCCUCCAUAAUAAAUUAGGUAGUACAAUCUCAGUUGAGAGCCACUCCUCACACAAUGGGGCAGUGACUGGGACCAAGAAGACGGGGAGUGUUACUUUGACAAAAGGUUCCACUGUACCUAUGUUCCUAGCUCCAAUACCAGAAGACAAGCUUCCUAAAGGAAUUGCUGCGGGUCACUUCCUUACUGGAACAAUAUCUUUCCCCAAAGAUGAUAGUGCAAAGAAAGUGGAUACCUAUCCAUUCUGGUACACAUCCACAGAGGCCCCAAAGAAACAGAAGUCUGUCGCUGGAGCUAAGGAUAAUGGAAAGAAAGGAGAGAAAGGAGAGAAGGGAGAGAAGGAGAAAACAAAAGAGGAGGAAUUCAAUGAGGCAAUCAGGGACCUUAAGAUAACCUGGAUGUCAAAACUUGAAGACAGUAGUUCAUUGUAUGAAGAGAUGAAGAAGGCCCACCCAGGUCACCUACCUCUACAUGUGGCAAGGCUGAAUGCCUUAGAUUCUGAUAAAAAACGUGGUGAGAAACUCCAAGAAAUCAUAGACCUUGGUAAAGAGAUUGUUAGUAAUAUAGACCAGAAUGCAUUGCUGCAGUACUAUGGGACAAAAACUGAUACAAGGUCUGAUGCUGCCCAAAUAAAAACGGAUAUGGAGAAGAAGAAAUCUUGUAUAAUAGAUGCACUUGCUAAGACUGGCUCAGCAUACUGUGAUUUAGUGCUACAGAGGCAAAAGAACAACCCUGAUGAAUCAGAAGAAGACCUUAAACAGGAUGAGAAUGUGAAGGCAAUGACGGAAAUAUACACUGAUAUACAGCGCUGGAUAGACAUUACUGAUUUGAAGGUUGCUCCAUUCUUGUAUAAGAUGAGCCUAGCUGUUAAACAUUAUGGCAGAGCUUUGAAGGCACUUCAGAAGCAAUAUGAUGAUAAACCUACUAAAGACCUGGAGAAGAAAUUCCAAGAGGUGUUUGGCAAACUAGGCUGGGACUUUUGCAGAGAUUACAAUGAAAGAUGGACACCCAUAAAAUACCCACUUGGAUAUAGACUUUUCUAAAAUGGACAUACAAAUAUGAUAACUAGCCAAUUUAGGUUUUAGAUCACAUGAGUGAGCUAUUGCAGUCCCCAGAUUGGCUGCCUGUCUUAAGUGUGCAUGUGUCAUUUAUUAAUAGAGAGGUUAAGCUUGCACU